AUGCGGUUCGACAGCUCGGGGGCGGUGCAGCAGGAGGUGCGGCGCACGCUGGGGCUGGAUCCGCGCAUGAUUCGGUUCUCGGUGGUGAAGAUGGGGGAGAAGCUGGGGGAGAUUAAGGAUGUGGAGGGGAGGAUUCAGUGGAAUGAUAGGCAGAGGUUGCAGGAUGAGAUUUAG